AUGGUGAACUGCUUGAAGGCGCAGAUUAAUGAUGUACAUGUGGCUGAAGGUAUAGGUGGUGAUGAUAAUACCGAUGAUAAGGUAUGCGACAGUAAUUUAAAAAUUAUAAAUGUAAAUUCAAAGUUUGGAGGAGCCACCCAUGACUCAUUCAUAUGGGCAUCUAGCAGAAUGGAAACAUUUAUGCGAGAGUUGCACCAAAAUGAAGAACAAGUGUGGUUGUUAGGUGAUUCUGGAUAUCCACAGCAGCCAUGGCUGAUGACUCCAAUAUUAAAUGCAGUUCUUGGCUCUGUUGAAGAUACAUAUACUCAGCGACAUGUACAAGCAAGGGACUGUAUAGAACGCUGUUUUGGAUUGCUGAAGUCACUUUGGAGGUGUUUAUUAAGACACAGGACCUUGCAUUACCAUCCUAUGGUUGCUGGGAAAAUUGCCUGUUGGGGUUUACACAACAUGGCUUUAGAGGCUAAUUUAUCUCCUCCAUCUGUUAUGGAAGUAGAAGAUGAUGCUUAG